UUUAAUCCUGUUAAUAUUUCAUGUUCCUCCCGCUGGUUUUCCAAAAGUUUCGCCUCCGCUUUCUUCGUUAUUUCGAUACCCUGCACGCUCAGGACCGCGGACCACUCCCGGUUACUGGUAUGAGGAACAUUCGCCUUGACUCGUUACCUAACGGUAGACCUGUCGCAUCUCGUGACUGCGCGUUGUGCACAAGGCGGCGGAUCAGAUGUGAUCGAACCGUUCCCUCGUGCCUCAAAUGCGCGAGCCGGAACCAUGAAUGCCCGGGCUUCAGUUCCAUCAAUUUGAAAUGGGACCAGGGUAUCGCGAGUCGUGGCAAAUUUGCCGGAAGCAUGGUACCAAUACACAGAGGCAAGGCGUCAGUUUUCAAUGACUCAAUGCGUAAGCCCCACGCCCGAAGACCCAAAGCGAUAACAUUCCGAUCACCCCAAACGCGCGCUGAGCUCUCUGUAUCUUCCAUUAGGUAUCAUGGAGACCUACUAGAAGUAGCUUCUGGCGCAUUGCAUCGUGCAAGCCAAGAUCAGUACCUCGUCAAUCGAUGUGCACGUGUCAUACUACUUGACAGGUUACUCGAUCACUUCAGCACCGGAGUCGUCCCCCGACUAACCUGGAUCGAGCUCCCAGACAACCUUUGGCCAACAACUUUGCGAAGCCUCGCACAAGGCUCCAGAUGUCUUUACUUGUCACUGAGUUGCCUCGCCGCUGCUCAUCUGUCCGCAACUCAAAUAGGCACAAUCAGCGAGCGCUCUUCUUUUAAGCAGCUACAUGAUCGAUUGCGCGAACUCAGCCUCCAGUCCGUGAACCAAGGAAUCGCGAGGGUUUUGACGAACACGCCUAGCGGCCUAAGUGGAGAGUCCCUCCAUUUGUGGCUGACUGAAACUCUUGCCUCUAUAAUCGCGCUCUGCUAUGCAGAGGCUUUUAGACCAGCCCCAACGAGAUGGAAGCUUCAUUUAUAUGGAUGCCGCACGGUGGUAGAUCGCCUUUCACUGCACCGGGAACUGGGACCUGAGCGGUUAGUCGAGAAGUUUCUACUUAAGGAAGUCGCAGACCUCGAGGCGCUUAGCGAUUUUUCGACUCCCACUCUGAUGUCGCCGAUAUCGACAACGAGGGCCUCGACCCUUGCCUGCGGUAACUCAUUCUGGGGAUUCACCGAUCUGAUCAGGGAGAUCUCAUUUACUGAGAAGAAACACCAGCAUGCCUCAGGAAAAAUGUCUGCUAUUGACAUGUCCGCUUGGCAUACACGAGCCGAUGAGUCCUAUCAUGGAAUCAUAAGCAACGUUCGCGAUAUGUGCGGCCGGCAGGGAAAUAUAACGUGUUUCGAAAGUGUGGCGCGCGCACAUCACUACGCCACUGUUGUUUACAGCUACCAAGCCCUUGCCCCUGAAGUUAUCGGAGAAGCCACAGUUGCAUUGGAAGCUCUAUUCACGAUCCUCAAAGACAUGUGUACUACAGACAACGAGGCUAUGACGGCUUUCUGGCAUGACAUGUUCUUUCCCUUACUGAUCGCCGGUACUGAAUGUUCUGCGGACGAGGGGUUGCAGGCCAUAGUUGAGCACCUCUACCUUACUGCAUUGUCUAUCACAGGACUUUGGUGUAACAGUGCUUCGCUACAGUUCUUGAAAAGCUACUGGCAAAGGUCACAGGCAAAUGUACACAUGGUUUGGAUACAAUACGUUGGUAAUGCGGAGUCGGGAACUGGGCCUUUCAUUGUUUUUUGAUUGUGGAAGUGCUUGUUGACUUUGUACCUGAAUCACAUGUUCACCGUUUCCUCAUCUUCUACCCCAAAAAGAACCCUCGUCGGGUCCGAGUAUUCCAUAAAGCCAACUCCCGGUUCGCAGAGGCCGUAUCCGAGCAAUCUUUGAGCCUGUGGUUUCAGUGUCCUUGCUCUCUCGAGCGGUACCAUCAGGAAUUGAUUUUCAGCAGGUCGCAACGUUGGCUUGCAGAGGAAAAUGCCAACGGUCUCUCGGUAAUCGUCCUUGGUUACGUUCGCCCC